AUGCCUGAGUACAUGUCAAAGAACCCGGCAAUUAAUGUCUCGAAAAUCCUGUCCAGCGACACCGCAAGCCACUUACUGUAUUGCAGCAGGAACAAAGGACCAGGAGAGCUAUUGAAGCCAAACUUUCAGGGAGACCAGUCGCCUAUUGCGCUCCAUUGCAGCGGCAUUGAUGCGACCCUACCAGUGGUUCUUGGCGUGGCUAAUGUUCGUCACCAUGGUGGACACGUGCCCAUGCGAUUUCCAAACGGGACAUAUGAUGAAAUUCCCAUCCCAUCCGGAGACUGGGCGAAAACCUACAAGGAACGUAAUACUUUCUACAACCAAUUUAUGGUCGGUUGGACCUUAUGUACAUUGGUCCUUGCUGUGAUAGCCUAUAGGGUAGCUGAUGUGCACAAAUAUUCUUUGUCUCCAUCUGAAAACACCGAAGAGGGAUUGAAGUUUAUGAAGCCUGACAAAGAAGCGCUGAAGCUAAAUUCACGGAUUGAUACACAGGAUCGAGGUUUUUGCCCAAGUUUCCCGUUUCGGUUUUGUUCUUGUCGGUCAGUGGCUGUCGUUCACCUGAAAGGCACAAGUGAAAAAAGGAAGGAGCGUGGACAACCGUCGGAGGAAGGUCAUUCUACGCAGCUGCUACCCGAACUGAGAAAAAAAAUUUGUCUAAUGAAUGUGUACACUCAGCUUGAAAAUCUUACUAUGUCCCACCGUAUGUUUGCUGGGUCAACGGUCGCCUCGGAGGUGAUGGUACUCCAGGGGAAAGAGCAUCGCGAGACGCGUUUCAUAGUCCACGGAUUUAAGGCCGGCAACCAUUCUCGUAGCGGCUCGCUGGACACGGUCGGUGAGGGCGACGUCUUUCGUGCGUCCUGA